AUGGCGAAGCUGGACCCGGUUGUCAGAGGCCACCCCUACUGGACGUCAAAGCGCGACGGCGAGGUGCACCUGCGGCAGGAGGACGCCUUCACCAGCCAGGCGCCCAUCACCGUGCACGACAUGGUCAUGAACACGGCCAUCAAGUACGCCAACUACAUCGCGCUCGGCUCCAAGCACAGGAACGGCUGGCACCUGCUCACCUACAUCGAGUACUACGAAGAGUGCCGGCGCGCCGCCAAAGCCUUCCUCAAGCUGGGCCUGGAGCGCUUCCACGGCGUGGGGAUCAUGGGGUUAAACUCGGAGGAGUGGGCCAUCGCCAGCAUUGGUGCUAUCAUGGCUGGAGGCUUCUCUGUUGGCAUCUUGUCCACCAACUCCCCAAAAGCCUGCCAGGUCAUCGCCGAAAGCUCGGAGAUGGACAUAUUUGUGGUGGAUAAUGACAGGCAGUUGCAGAAAAUCAUCCAGAUCCAGGGCUCCUUGAAACACCUCAAGGCCAUCGUCCAGUACAAGGAGGAGAUCCGGACCCGGCUGCAGAACCUGUAUUCUUGGAGAGGGUUCUUGGACCUGGCAGACGGCGUCUCGGAAGACACGCUGGACCGGGUCAUCGACUCCCAAAAGCCCAACCAGUGCUGCGCCCUGGUCUACAGCCUGUCGGUCACAGGCCCCCCGAAGGCCAUGAUGCUCAGCCACGACAAUAUCACCUGGACCACGGUGGCCACGGCCCAGAGGCUGUCUUACAAGUGCCCCCCGGAGGAGCAGGAGAUCCUGGUGAGCUACCUCCCUCUCAGCUACAUGGGGGCCCAGCUCUUCGACAUGUGGGUCUCCAUCUCUGUCGCCGGAGCCCUCUACUUCGCCCAGCCGGACGCUCUGAGGGGCUCCCUGAUAGACACACUGCGGGAGGUGAAGCCCACCCUGUUCCACGGCGUCCCGUGGGUCUGGGACAGGUUGCUGGACAACCUGAAGACCAACCAGCUCUCGUCGACUCCAUUCCGGAGGAGGAUGGACCAGUGGGCCAUGUGGCUGGGACUCAGGACAAACAGAAAGCGGAUGCUCAGGCAGACCCAUUCCCUGCUGUGCUUCGGCCUGGCCAAGAGGCUGACCUUCAACCAGGCCAGGAGGUUCCUGGGCCUCCAUCACUGCCGGCAGUACUUCAACUUGGGCCUGGGGCUCUCCAGAGCCACCCUGGAUUAUUUCCUCAGCCUCAACAUGCCCAUCUUUGAGCUCUACGGCUUGUCUGAGAGCACGGGCAUCCACACGCUCUCCAGACAGCAAGACUUCCGGCUGCUGAGCUGUGGGAAGUCCCUCCCCAGCACCCACACCAAGACGCAGAAGGAAGAUGAGAAGGGCAUUGGGGACAUCUACAUUUGGGGCCGGAACAUCUUCAUGGGGUAUCUCAAUGAUGAGGAGAAUACCCAGGAGAAGAUCGAUGCCCACGGCUGGUUGCACACGGGGGACCUGGGCUUUUUGGACACGGAUGAAUUCCUCUAUGUUGUGGGCAACGCCAGAGAUAUCAUCACCCUCAGCUCAGGCGAGAGGAUCAACCCGAACCCCAUCGAGGAGCGGGUGAAGAGGUACAUCCCCAUCGUGCGCUACGUCGUGCUGGUGGGCCAGGACGCCCCGUAUCUGUGUGCCCUGCUCACGCUGAAGUGCCAGGUCAACAUGGACACAGGGGAGCCCCGGAACGCGCUGACCAGCGAGGCGGUUGCUUUCUGUAGACAACUCCGGAGCCAGUCCACCAGGCUGUCAGACAUCAUUUACGACGGAGACCCCGUGGUCUUGGAGUUCAUCAGUCAGGGCAUCGAUGCCGCCAACGCUGAGGUCCCCUCAGACAGCGCCAAGAUCAUCAAGUGGACCAUCCUCAGGACGGACUUCUCCGUGGUUGGAGGGGAGCUGGGGGCAACCACCAAACUGAAGAGGGCCAUGGUGGCCAGGAUCUACCAAGCUGAAAUUGAAAGGCUUUACGAGGAGGAGGAGGAGGAGGAGGAGGAGGAGGAGGAGGAGGAGGAAUAG